AUGGCUUCCACUGUUCCGCUCAUGAUUGCAAUCUACGAUAACCCAGGUAUUAAACACUGGAGCCUAUUCAUCGAUGCCGAGGAGAAGCCGGCAAAAACCAUCAUUCAUCUUCUCGGUGCUCGUCAAAGAUAUUUUCGUGACGUGAGAACUCCAUCCGAUGCGCGUAACUCGGCUUCUGUUGUUGAACUCUGUGCUUUGUGUGAAAUCGACGCGAGCAAGAUUGAAACCAUCAAGAACAUUGCUUGGGAAACCCCGGUACGCAAUGAAGAGCCAGACUACAGUUGCCAGGACUUUGUCCUUGAUGUUUUAGAAGGGUUGGAGCGGGCAGACAUUGUCGAUGCGGAAAAUCCCGACUACCAGCGUAACAAGGGCAUUGUGAAGGCGAAACGGGAAGCAUGGAAAUAG